AUGGAUUAUGGAUUGGCAAGGAACCUACCAUUUAGGAGCCUGCUGACGAUCAUCUACAUCCUCCCAACGGUGGCUUAUGGUCAGCUGCUCCCUUUAGAAGAUGCAAAAUAUGAGGAACAUGUGGUCAAAGGGGUCCGUGAUCGUUCAGUGCUGCUGGCAUGCGGUGAUGUGGUCUUGCCCAUGGUUGUCUUCUGGAGUUUCACCAAGAUGGGCUCGGACAUCCCCAGGGCUGUCGCAAUCAGCAAUGGCAUGGAGGCCAAGGUGGAGAGAGGCGCUGUCAUUCUGGGGAAUGUGACCUUGAAUAACAGCAGCCUGGAGAUAGAGAACCUGCAAACAGCAGCAGAAGGGCGCUUCAUGUGCCAGACAAUGUAUGAAGAAGAGGAGGAUAUCAAAGUGGCUUAUUUCUAUAUUGAGCUCAUUGUUUUGGUCCCUGUUUCAAAGCCCUUCCUGCAGAUGAACAAUUCAACACCCGUGGAAGGCAUGCCUGUAGUAAUGACAUGUACCAUAAAAGAGGGUACUCAUCCUGUCGAGUAUUCCUGGCAGCGCCACACUAACCGGGAUGGCACCGUAGCUGUUGCAGAAACAGUGGAUGGUCUAUUGAAUCUGACAUCAGCAAACCGGACUCACAUGGGUUGGUACACCUGCAUCGCCCACAACGAGGUCAAUAGCCAAAUCAGUGACAGGAUGUACCUUGACGUUAUCUAUGGGCCUGAUGAACCAGUAAUCAGUGUGGAGCCAUUUGCUGUUAACCAACAUGGCUUCUCAGCCAAUGAACAGGAAGAGGUGAUUAUGACAUGCCUUGCUCCUUCUAACCCACCCAGCCACUACAUUUGGUUCUACAAUAGCUCUCAAGUCUACUCUGGUCAGAAGUAUGUAAUCACCAGGAUCUCACGGACCCAAACAGGCAUCUAUACUUGCCUUGCUCAGAACACUCAUCUGAAUACACGUACCCAGACCGCCAUAAUCUUGACAGUCUACUAUCUGCCCGAGGGGAAGCCCAGCUGCAUGCCACUGCCAGCCACCAAUUUCCAAGACGUUGCCCUGCACUGUUCGUGGCAGGGGGGGUUUCCCCCAGUGCGGCUGCGUUGGGUGAAAUCCAGGCGGGGAGGAAACAGCAUGUUGGCAACCUAUUCCAAUGCCACCCAACUCCAUCAAGGCAUGGACCUUCGCAACGGGACCUCCUAUACUUGCGUGGCUUCCCACCCAGGUCUGAGAGAAGAGACCAUCUGCAGAACCACUGUGUGGGUUCCAGGUGGGAGCCCAACCUGUAGCGCAGUGGCGACGAAGCAGAAUGAAUUCCUCAUGUUGACCUGUGACUGGGCAGGUGGAGAACCCCGGAUGACUCUCUGGUGGAGAGAUUGGAGGGACCAUGUGCUGGGAGGGUUGAAGCAAUCCCACAACAUCUUUGUCAUGAAAUCCAACACCACCCUCGGGGGCAAAGAAUUCACCUGCGUAGCAGCUCACCCACUUCUGGCAAGAGCUGCCGAGUGCCACAUCCGCUUGGAACCUCCCAAGCUUGUGGUCGAGAGAGCCAAGGUGUCGCUCUUUGAAGGCAGUGAGGUCCAGCUGGCCUGUCUCCUCCAAGGUGCUUAUCUGGGAUCGGAAGUCUUUUGGUACAGCAACAAGAAUCAGGUCAUUAGAACAGAUGCCAGGAAAUACCGACUGCAUCAAGAGAAUGCUUGGUUUAACUUGACCCUCCGGGAUACAGAGUGGAUGAGAGACAGCGGUGUCUAUCGCUGUGCUGCCAUGAAUGCAGUGGGCAAUACCUCUGCCAGCAUCAACCUACUGGUUAAAAAAUACCCCUCCCCACCCAACGUGACAAUUAGCAAGCUGAUGUACACUCGCCACCGCACAGAGGUGGAACUGGAGUGGCAGACCCAGGGCUCAGGGAAUUUGACAGGCUUUGUGGUCCAGAGGAGGGAAGCAAAAAAGGCUCCCAAAAAGCAGCUGGCCAGUAGCUGGGAAACAGUGGCCAAUGAUAUUGACCCCGACAUCCGUGACCAGAAGCUGGGUGGGCUGGAUCCUGCAGUUGUGUAUGCCUUCCGCAUCCUGGCUGUCAACCACCGGACUACUGGACACCCCUCUGAAAUGAAGACACCAGCCGACCCUCCUUUUAAUGCUUACCCUGCAGUGAUUGGUGCCGGAGUGGCAGGGAUGAUAGUGGCGACAAUCACAUCCCUUCUAGUAUUCCAGUACAUCAUUCGGCAUCGGGAGAGCAAUCCAAGGUUGCACGACCUGCUCUUCAGACUGGCUGGUGGAGAAGCUCGUGAGCACAUCAGCACUCCAGAAGACGCUGAGACAGUGGCAGGGAUGGAAGGUGAGGCCACUGAGCAGCUUGGGGAGCCUUCAACCACAGCUGGGGAAACAUCAGCAGAAGUUAGCCCAGGGGAAGCUACGGCAGCCCCAGGGGAAGCUACGACAGCCCCAGAGGAACCUACAGCAGCCCCAGAUGAUGCUUCAUCACCUGCUCCAGAUCUGGAUCCCACUGAUGAUGAUCCUCCAGUUAAUGUGACAAUCACAGUGACGGCAACCCCAUGA